UAAAUUUAAACGUGUAUGUAUAUUUGGUAUCGGAGUAUCGCUAUAACAGCCAAGCGAUAGGAUGUGUGUACCUUGACUUGGUAUCAAAGCGACUGUUAAAUGUUGGCUCAAAAAUAACCUUACCAGCGAACUAUAGGUCUUAUCAAUACUGCGUUAAGAAAGAGAGUCUGUUAACUUGGUGGAGUAGAAAAAAACUCUUCUGAAAUAGUUUUGAUGAUGCACGGUUUAAACAUGAUAGUCCUUUAAUAAAGGAUAAUGAAAAUGAAAUGUUAAUGAUUAUUUGCAAAUAGAAAGUUAUUUAAAUGCUUACUUUUAAUUAAACAUAUUUUUUUUCGUGAACACAAAUGGAUAUAUAGAACGUUUUUAUGAAAGAGGAGUAAUAGCGGUUAAAGUAGCUUAUGGACUGUUAAUUUAUAAUAAUUUGAAAUACUUUUGAUGAACGACCAUAUCGAAUUUUUUACUGUAAGAUUAUAAAUUGUUUUGUUUUUCUCAAAAUUGCAAAAAUAACAAACAGAAUGAAAAAAAGGCAUCAUUUCAUUUGGUUAUGAAUCUGUACAAAAUCAAAUGAAUUCGUGAGGAAAUAUAUUUGAAAGAGUGUAGAACUCAAAAUAUUAGAAAUGUGGUAAUAGAACAGUUUACGAUGACUGAAUCAAAUUUCCAAUCUUCGUUGAUUACAUUUGUUUUUAUCUAUAUAAUGUUCCAGUGCAUGUAUGCGGGAAUAUUUGGAAUAACGCAUGACAGUGAAAUUGCAAAUAAUAACUUUCAUUUCGAGCGCCGUUCGCGUAAUCAACUUAAAGUUUCUAGCGAGGAGCGAGAGUAUAUAAAUCAGCGAAAAAGGCUGGAAUUACGCUGGGGAUUUGACGUCGACGAAUAUUUGGAAAAAUACGGGUAUCUACGGACUAUACCGAGAGAGAUUUCAAACAGAAAGAUCCAGGUCCACUCGAAGCUAGACCGCAAACAUGCCAUCAGGCUAUAUCAAGAGUUCUUUGGUCUCAAAUCGACUGGGGGAUUAAAUAAAAAGACGGUUAAAGUAAUGAAAGAACCGCGCUGUGCAUUUCCGGACCAGAGAGAGGAUGAUCCAUACUCCCCUGUUAGAAAUUUCCAUUUUUACAGAUAUUACCCAAGAUGGCGGCGGUCUAUAUUAACCUGGAGAGUCAGUAAAUACACAAAAAAGAUAUCGCCAUUAGGUCUAUGGAAGACGUUGAAGAAGGCUUUCAACACCUGGUCCUCGGUCACAGGGUUGCGCUUCCUGUACACGAGACAGACGCCCGACAUCCAGAUCGACUUCGAGCACGGAAACCAUGGUGACGGUGCGGGCCUGGCCUUUGAUGAAAAAGGAAGGGUCGUCGGUCACGCGUUCGGGCCCGGUACGUACACGAUAUCCGGGGACAUUCACCUGGACACUGACGAAGACUGGACCCUAGACGUGGACCCUAAAUCAGGCGUCAACCUUCUGGGGGUGGCCAUUCAUGAAAUAGGACACGCCCUAGGUUUGGUACAUUCCCGGGACCCUCGCUCUGUCAUGUAUCCCGCAUUUGUGAGGACAAACCUCGAUCUUAGUCAGGAGGACAUAGAAAACGCGCAGAUCUUGUACGGGCCUAACCCCGAGGUAAAGGACCCUCCAUUACCCGCCAAGGAGCUCACAACGGUCGCCCCAAAGGCGUGUGAAAUCAACAUGGAUGAUAUCGAGCUGGGUCCGGACGGUUACACGUAUAUCUUCCGCAAGUCGCACUUGACACAGAUAGACCAACGCGGCAAACUGGUGCGUACGCCAAAGAAAGUGAAAAUUACGGACAUCUACAAGAACGGCCCGCCGGAAGUAGAUGCAGUUUCGUUCCUGGAGGAACGGAAACAGACGUACAUGUUUUAUAACAACACAAUAUGGCGGUAUACAAACUUUGACCUGGAUUUCGGUUACCCUAAAGCAUUCAAAGGCUUACCGGAAGUUCCCCGAUGCGCCACCUUCAUCCGGGACAAGUAUGGAAUCACACGACUCUUUCUGUUUGGGGUCGACCUUUUCUGGGAGUGGAGCACGGUAAAGGAUGUUGUCCGGGCGGGGUAUCCCCUCCAAACUGCGGAGUAUUUCCAUGGACUACAGAAGUCACCAGAGGGUUCUUUACGGUGGAAAGAUGGCUACAUUUAUUUUUUCAAGAAAGACAAGGUGUUUAAGGUACAUCCGAACGAUUACAGUGUCCUCAACACAUAUCCGAAACCGAUGCCACCCGAAUGGAUGUUGGAUAUAUGUUAAAGUGAAUGUAGCGCUCAUUUCCUCUUCAAGUUGAACAAUGACAUUCUCCGUUUAAUGAAAAUGUGCGCCUUAUGCAUCAAUUCUUGUUGUUCGACAAUCGAAAAACAAUUUUACACAAUCUUAGAUAUAAUGACAGUGGACUAUUGUGUGGUGGAGAUCUCGGGAAUAUUGUAAAAAUAUAUUUUAAAUUGCGUGCAUAUAUAUAUGUAGAGAUUAUUACGUUUGUAUUAUACACUUCUUUUAUAUGUUUUGUUUAUGUUUACCAUGUAUAAUUAUCAUACCAUAAACAUCCAUUCAUUUAACAUUGUAUUUAUCCAUACUUUAAUAGUUUACAACAUUUACCAUGAAUAUUUUUUUUAAAUAAAACGAGUGCCUCCUUUACUUAUUUAUUUGAAUACUUUUGCGACUAUUUAAUGUAAUGGUAGUCAAAUCAACGUUUUUACUUGUAUUAUUUACUUCAUAUCUAAAAACAACUAUCACAAAACCAUCCAUUGUCAAUUAUUUGAAAGACAUGUCGGUAAACAUGUGACGGCGUCCUUCGACCAAUAUAUUAAAUUGAAGUACUUUAUUGAUGUUGCUCUUUUACAUUGAACAUUCGUGAAACAAGCGUACUGUAUAUACCGGUGCUUCAUCUGAAAAUAAAAAAUAUAUAAUACGUUUCGAUCAGAGGCGUUCAUAUUUAACACGUUUUCGUGUUUAAAGCAAGAUCAGAAUACUUGUCACUUGCAAAUGCUUGUUCGAUCA